UCGUCCUCAUCGGGGAGUCUGGGGUGGGCAAAACCAACCUGCUCUCCCGCUUCACCCGGAACGAGUUCAACCACGACAGCCGCACCACCAUCGGCGUGGAGUUCUCCACCCGCACCAUCCAGGUGGGAGACGCCGUGGUCAAGGCUCAGAUCUGGGACACGGCCGGGCUGGAGCGGUACCGCGCCAUCACCUCUGCGUAUUACCGGGGGGCCGUGGGUGCCCUGGUCGUGUUUGACAUCACCAAACACCAGACGUACGACGUGGUGGACCGCUGGCUGAAGGAGCUGUACGACCACGCCGAGGCCAACAUCGUCGUCAUGCUGGUGGGGAACAAGACCGACCUUGCACAGGCUCGGGAGGUGCCCACGGAGGAGGCCAAAAUGUUUGCAGACAACAACGGGCUGCUGUUUGUCGAGACCUCGGCGCUGGACUCCACCAACGUCGAGCAGGCGUUCGAGACCAUCCUGAAGGAGAUCUUCCACAAAGUGCAGAUGCAGAAGCAGAGGAGCAGCCAAAGCAACACGGUGUCGCUUACCAGCGAGAGCCCGGAGAGCGCGGCGCAGACGGAGAAGCGCCCGUGCUGCGUGGCCCUCUGA